AUGGCUAGCGCUGGGCAUGGAAAUGGACUCAUAAAUGGUGUGGUAUCGAAUAAGCACACUGCUACAAUAUCUGAAGUAGAUGAAUUCUGCAAUGCCCUUGGAGGAAAUAGGCCGAUUCAUAGUAUAUUGAUUGCGAACAAUGGAAUGGCGGCUGUCAAGUUUAUACGCAGUGUUAGGAGUUGGGCUUACGAGACAUUUGGCACGGAAAAGGCUAUCUUGUUGGUUGCCAUGGCUACUCCAGAAGAUAUGAGAAUCAAUGCAGAACAUAUCAGAAUAGCUGAUCAGUUUGUGGAAGUACCUGGUGGGACCAAUAACAAUAACUACGCCAAUGUGCAGCUUAUUCUAGAGAUUGCCGAGAUAACUCAUGUUGAUGCGGUAUGGCCUGGUUGGGGUCAUGCAUCAGAGAAUCCCGAGCUACCAGAUGCAUUAAAAGCAAAAGGAAUUGUAUUUCUUGGGCCUCCUGCAGUAUCUAUGGGGGCAUUGGGAGAUAAAAUUGGUUCAUCGUUGAUCGCUCAAGCAGCCAAUGUGCCAACCCUUCCAUGGAGUGGUUCACAUGUGAAAAUUCCUCCUGAAAGCUCCUUGAUUACUAUUCCUGAUGAAAUCUACCGAGCAGCAUGUGUUUAUACAACAGAAGAAGCAAUUGCAAGUUGUCAAGUUGUUGGAUACCCUGCAAUGAUCAAGGCGUCUUGGGGUGGUGGUGGUAAAGGCAUAAGAAAGGUUCAUAAUGAUGAUGAGGUAAGGGCAUUGUUCAAGCAAGUUCAAGGUGAAGUUCCGGGAUCACCUAUAUUUAUAAUGAAAGUUGCUUCCCAGAGCCGGCAUCUUGAAGUCCAACUGAUUUGUGAUCAGUACGGAAAUGUUGCAGCUUUACACAGCCGUGAUUGCAGUGUUCAACGAAGGCAUCAAAAGAUUAUUGAGGAGGGUCCGAUUACUGUAGCACCCCCAGAAACGGUGAAAGAACUUGAACAAGCGGCUAGAAGAUUAGCUAUAUCUGUAAAUUAUGUUGGGGCAGCUACAGUUGAGUAUCUUUAUAGCAUGGAAACUGGCGAGUACUACUUUUUAGAGCUGAACCCCCGUCUACAGGUUGAGCAUCCUGUUACUGAAUGGAUAGCUGAGAUAAAUCUGCCAGCAGCACAAGUUGCCGUUGGGAUGGGUAUCCCUCUCUGGCAAAUUCCCGAGAUUAGGCGUUUCUAUGGGAUGGAACAUGGUGGAGGGAAUGAUGCUUGGAGGAAAACAUCAGUUUUAGCUACCCCUUUUGAUUUUGACAAAGCACAGUCUACAAAGCCAAAGGGUCAUUGUGUGGCUGUGCGAGUGACUAGUGAGGACCCCGAUGAUGGUUUUAAGCCUACAGGCGGGAAAGUGCAGGAGCUCAGCUUUAAAAGCAAACCAAAUGUUUGGGCUUACUUCUCUGUUAAGUCUGGAGGAGGAAUCCAUGAAUUUUCAGAUUCUCAAUUUGGACAUGUUUUUGCCUUUGGAGAAUCAAGGGCUUUAGCAAUUGCAAAUAUGGUUUUGGGGCUGAAGGAAAUUCAAAUUCGAGGAGAAAUUCGUACUAAUGUUGAUUAUACAAUUGAUCUUCUGAAUGCAUCAGACUACAGAGAUAACAAAAUUCACACUGGAUGGCUGGAUAGUAGAAUUGCAAUGCGGGUUAGAGCAGAGAGACCUCCUUGGUAUCUGUCUGUUGUUGGAGGGGCACUCUAUAAAGCUACUGCUAGUAGUGCUGCUUUGGUUUCAGACUAUGUUGGCUAUCUUGAGAAGGGGCAAAUCCCUCCUAAGCACAUAUCUCUUGUCCAUUCUCAAGUGUCCUUAAGCAUUGAAGGAAGCAAAUAUACUAUUGACAUGAUACGAGGAGGACCUGGGAGUUAUAAACUGAAAUUGAAUCAAUCAGAGAUAGAAGCGGAAAUUCAUACUUUACGUGAUGGAGGUUUGUUGAUGCAGUUGGAUGGAAACAGUCAUGUAAUAUAUGCAGAGGAAGAAGCAGCUGGAACUCGCCUUCUAAUUGAUGGAAGGACUUGCUUGCUUCAGAAUGAUCACGAUCCAUCAAAGUUAAUUGGAGAGACUCCAUGCAAGCUUCUGAGAUAUUUGGUUGCAGACGACAGUCACAUUGAUGCAGACACACCAUAUGCUGAAGUUGAGGCUGGUGAGCUUAUAGCAAGGCUUGAUCUAGAUGAUCCUUCUGCUGUAAGAAAGGCAGAACCCUUCACUGGGAGCUUCCCAAUCCUGGGCCCUCCUACAGCAAUUUCAGGUAAAGUUCAUCAGAAAUGUGCGGCAAGCUUAAAUGCUGCACGGAUGAUUCUUGCUGGCUACGAGCACAAUAUUGAUGAAGUUGUGCAAAGUUUGCUCAAUUGCCUUGACAGCCCUGAAUUACCUUUCCUUCAAUGGCAAGAAUGCUUUGCAGUUCUGGCAACCCGUCUUCCUAAAGAUCUAAGAAUUGAGUUGGAAGCUAAAUAUAAGGAGUUCGAGAUUAAUUCAAGCUCCCAAAAUAUUGAUUUCCCUGCCAAAUUAUUGAAGGGAAUUCUUGAAGAUCAUCUUUUCUCCUGUGCUGAUAAUGAAAAAGGAGCCUUAGAAAGACUAGUUGAACCUCUGAUGAGUCUUGUAAAGUCUUAUGAGGGUGGAAGAGAGAGCCAUGCCCAUAAAAUUGUACAAUCUCUUUUCGAAGAGUAUCUCUCAGUCGAAGAACUAUUUAGUGAUAAUAUACAGGCUGAUGUAAUUGAACGACUCCGUCUUCAAUACAAGAAAGAUUUGUUGAAGAUUGUAGAUAUUGUGCUCUCUCAUCAGGGUGUCAAGAGCAAAAAUAAGCUGAUACUGCGACUAAUGGAUAAACUGGUUUACCCUAAUCCUGCUGCCUAUAGGGACCAAUUGAUCCGAUUCUCCCAACUCAAUCAUAUUAUUUAUUCUGAGUUGGCUCUUAAGGCUAGUCAACUUCUUGAACAAACUAAACUGAGUGAACUUCGAUCCAGCAUUGCACGAAGUCUUUCUGAACUAGAAAUGUUUACUGAGGAUGGUGAAAAUAUUGAUACUCCAAAGAGGAAGGGUGCCAUUAAUGACCGAAUGGAGGACCUUGUGAGCGCUCCUUUGGCAGUUGAAGAUGCUCUUGUGGGCUUAUUUGAUCACAGUGAUAACACCCUUCAAAGGAGGGUUGUGGAAACUUAUAUACGUAGGCUUUACCAGCCGUAUCUUGUCAAAGGCAGCAUCAGGAUGCAGUGGCACAGAUCUGGCCUUAUUGCUACGUGGGAGUUCUUAGAAGAAUACGUUGAACGGAAGAACGGGGUUGAAGACAAAACACUGGUGGAGAAACAUAGUGAGAAGAAAUGGGGAGUGAUGGUUGUAAUUAAAUCUCUUCAAUUUUUGCCAGCAAUUAUCAGUGCUGCAUUAAGGGAAGCAACCAAUAACUUUCACGAUGCACUUAAAAGUGGUUCUGUCGACUCAAAUAAGCACGGUAAUAUGAUGCAUAUUGGACUAGUGGGCAUCAACAACCAAAUGAGUUUACUUCAAGACAGUGGUGAUGAAGAUCAGGCUCAAGAAAGAAUCAAUAAGUUGGCCAAAAUACUCAGAGAGCAGGAAGUAGGGUCCAUAAUACAUGCUGCCGGUGUUGGAGAUAUUAGCUGUAUCAUACAGAGGGAUGAAGGGCGUGCUCCAAUGAGGCAUUCCUUCCACUGGUCAGCAGAAAAGCUAUAUUAUGAAGAGGAACCCUUGUUGCGGCAUCUGGAACCUCCGCUAUCCAUUUAUCUUGAAUUGGACAAACUUAAAGGCUAUGAGAAUAUACGCUAUACACCAUCCCGUGAUCGUCAAUGGCACCUCUACACUGUUGUGGAUACCAAGCCACAACCAAUUCAAAGAAUGUUUCUUCGAACACUUCUCAGACAGCCAACCACAAAUGAAGGAUACUCUGCUUAUCAAAGGGUAGAUGCAGAAACGUCUCGUACCCAAUUGGACAUGUCCUUUACUUCAAGGAGCAUUUUUAGGUCCUUAAUGGGUGCAAUGGAGGAGUUGGAACUUAACUCACAUAAUACCACCAUCAAAUCUGAACAUGCUCAUAUGUACCUCUACGUCCUACGUGAGCAACAAGUAGAUGAUCUUGUCCACUAUUCCAAAAAAAUCAACAUAGAUGCCGGUCAAGAAGAAACAACAGUAGAGACAAUCUUGGAAGAACUGGCACAGGAAAUCCAUUCCUCUGUUGGUGUAAGAAUGCAUAGAUUAGGAGUUUUUGUAUGGGAAGUGAAGCUCUGGAUUACAGCAUGUGGACAGGCAAAUGGUGCUUGGAGGGUCAUUGUAAACAAUGUUACUGGUCAUACAUCCACUGUACAUAUAUAUCGGGAAAUGGAGGAUGCCACCACUCAUAAAGUGGUUUACAGUUCAGUCACAGUAAAGGGUCCACUGCAUGGUGUACCAGUGAACGAAAACUAUCAACCUUUGGGAGUUAUUGACCGAAAACGUCUCGCAGCAAGAAAGAGUAGCACCACAUACUGCUAUGAUUUUCCCCUUGCGUUUCAAACAUCCUUGGAACAGUCAUGGUCAAUUCAACAGACAGGAGUUCAAAGAGCCAAAGAUAAGGAUCUCUUAAAAGUAACUGAGCUUAAAUUUUCAGAGAAAGAAGGUAGCUGGGGUACUUCUCUUGUUCCUGCAGAGUGUCCUCCUGGACUCAAUGAUGUUGGCAUGGUAGCCUGGUUGAUGGAAAUGUGUACUCCUGAAUUCCCAUCUGGAAGGACAAUAUUGGUUGUUUCGAACGAUGUUACAUUCAAGGCUGGUUCUUUUGGCCCAAGGGAGGAUGCCUUCUUUAGAGCAGUAACUGAUCUUGCCUGUGCUAAGAAAAUACCUUUAAUUUACUUAGCAGCAAAUUCUGGUGCCCGUUUAGGUGUAGCCGAGGAAGUCAAAACUUGUUUCAGAGUUGGUUGGUCUGAGGAAUCUAAACCUGAGCAUGGUUUUCAGUAUGUAUAUUUAACACCUGAGGACUAUGCUCAAAUUGGAUCAUCAGUGAUGGCACAUGAAUUAAAACUUGAAAGUGGAGAAACUAGAUGGGUUAUAGAUACCAUUGUUGGUAAAGAAGAUGGACUGGGAGUUGAAAACUUGAGUGGCAGUGGGGCCAUUGCCGGUGCCUAUUCAAGGGCGUACAAGGAAACCUUUACAUUGACAUAUGUGACUGGUAGGACUGUUGGAAUCGGUGCUUAUCUUGCUAGGCUUGGGAUGAGGUGCAUACAGAGGCUUGAUCAGCCUAUAAUUCUUACCGGUUUUUCAGCAUUAAACAAACUUCUUGGUAGGGAGGUGUACAGCUCUCACAUGCAACUUGGUGGACCUAAAAUCAUGGCAACUAAUGGAGUUGUUCAUCUUACUGUUUCGGACGACCUUGAAGGUGUUUCUUCUAUUUUGAAGUGGCUUAGCUACAUUCCUUCUCAUGUAGGUGGUGCACUUCCCAUUGUAAAACCCCUCGAUCCCCCAGAGAGAGAAGUGGAGUAUUUACCGGAAAAUUCAUGUGAUCCUCGUGCGGCCAUAUCUGGAACUCUGGAUGUUAAUGGAAAAUGGCUUGGAGGAAUUUUUGACAAGGACAGCUUUGUGGAGACACUAGAAGGAUGGGCAAGGACAGUUGUUACGGGAAGGGCAAAGCUUGGAGGAAUCCCUGUGGGAAUUGUUGCAGUAGAAACACAAACGGUUAUGCAAAUAAUACCUGCUGAUCCUGGCCAGCUUGAUUCUCACGAGAGGGUUGUUCCUCAAGCCGGGCAAGUGUGGUUUCCUGAUUCUGCGACCAAGACGGCCCAAGCGAUAUUGGAUUUCAACAGAGAAGAGCUCCCGCUUUUCAUUCUCGCAAACUGGAGAGGCUUUUCAGGUGGGCAAAGGGACCUUUUUGAAGGAAUUCUUCAGGCUGGUUCAACUAUUGUCGAGAACCUUAGGACAUACAAACAGCCCAUAUUUGUAUACAUCCCGAUGAUGGGUGAACUCCGUGGUGGGGCUUGGGUUGUUGUCGACAGUCGAAUCAACUCAGACCACAUUGAAAUGUAUGCCGAACGAACAGCUAAAGGUAACGUCCUUGAGCCAGAAGGAAUGAUUGAGAUCAAAUUUAGAACAAGAGAAUUGUUGGAGUGUAUGAGAAGACUGGAUCAACAAUUGAUUACUCUGAAGGAAAAACUUUCAGAAGCCAAGAGUAACAAGGACUUUGCUACAUAUGAUUCUGUGCAGCAACAGAUUAGAUUCCGCGAGAAACAACUUUUGCCUUUGUAUACUCAAAUAGCUACCAAAUUUGCUGAGCUGCAUGAUACAUCCUUAAGAAUGGCUGCAAAGGGUGUAAUCAGAGAAGUUCUUGAUUGGCGUAACUCGCGUUCUGUCUUCUAUCGGAGACUGCACAGAAGAAUCGGUGAGCACUCACUGAUCAACAGUGUGAGAGAUGCUGCUGGUGACCAAUUGUCACAUGUAUCUGCCAUAAACUUGCUCAAAGACUGGUAUCUGAAUUCUGAUAUUGCCAAAGGUAGAGAAGAAGCCUGGUUAGACGACGAAGCAUUCUUUAGAUGGAGGGAUGAUCCUGCAAAUUACGAGGAUAAACUGAAGGAAUUGCGCGUACAGAGACUGUUGCUUCAGUUGACAAAUAUUGGUGACUCGGCUCUUGAUUUACAAGCUCUACCUCAAGGUCUUGCCGCACUUUUAAGCAAGUUGGAAGCAUCAAGUCGCAAUAAGUUGACUGAUGAACUUCGCAAGGUACUAGGUUAG